UGGAGAUAACAUCUGUAGAAAUUGGAGUUGUGGCAGUUAAGUCCAUUAAGAGCAACUAUUAUUUAGCCAUGAACAAGAAAGGAAAAGUCUACGGCUCUAAGGAGUUUAACAGUGAUUGCAAAUUGAAGGAAAGAAUAGAAGAAAAUGGAUAUAACACAUAUGCAUCCUUAAAUUGGAAGCACAAUGGAAGGCAAAUGUUUGUAGCCCUGAAUGGAAGGGGAGCUACAAAGAGAGGACAGAAAACAAGAAGGAAAAACACUUCAGCUCACUUUCUUCCAAUGGUAGUAAUGUCAUAGAUGAAGGAACUAUUUUAUUGAUGCAGUUGAACCAAAGGCUCUUAUGUCAAGAAUAUUUGGUAAUCCUCUUGAAGAGUAAAUGCAAAGAAAUUGCAAACAAGCAGACAUCUGCUUGUUUGAAAAGAGAGCAGGGGAAGCCUUUGAAGGUUUUGUAUUCAUUGCUGGCGCCUGAAAUACUUUUAUUUAGUUCGGUGUCAUAUCUUAUAAUCAAGAUACAAGCUGCAUCAAAUGGGAUGGAAGUUAUUGCCAGUGUGAACAAUUUUUUUUUAUCUCUGCAACAGAACUUAAGGGAUGUGAGACCCUUAUCUGUUGAAUGAUCUUCAUGGGGAAAGUUAUUUAUGGAAUACUAACUGAUAUCAAAGACCUUAAUUGCUCGUUCAAGCCUGAUGAUCCAACGAACAGUUAGACGCGCAAGCAUUUACUGGAAGCACUU